UACUCCUUCCAUCUAAAAAAUCAACCUUGUACUACAACGAAUCUGUACAUAUUCGUAUCUCAUAGUGCGAAAUUGUUUUUCGGAUAGAGGGAUAGAAGGUAAACUGUAGCACGAAUCGUGAAGCAGAUCCGACGGUCCUAGCAAUCCGAAUCCGCCACUUGCAUGUGGGCCCCGUCAUCUGACCCUUCGAAAGGCUUUCAGCCCAAAUUCCCCUUGCGAAUCAGCAUCAACAGGUCGGCGGAGGCGACCGGAGAAGUUCGCCGCCGCCGCCGGAGAAGAGCGAGGAUGUCGUACCUGCUGCCGCACCUGCACUCCGGGUGGGCGGUAGACCAGGCCAUCCUCGCCGAGGAGGAGCGCCUCGUCAUCAUCCGCUUCGGCCACGACUGGGACGAGACCUGCAUGCAGAUGGAUGAGGUGUUGGCAGCAGUGGCUGAGACCAUAAAGAACUUCGCGGUCAUCUACCUGGUUGACAUCACUGAGGUUCCUGACUUCAACACCAUGUACGAGCUGUAUGAUCCAUCAACAGUCAUGUUCUUUUUCCGAAACAAGCACAUCAUGAUUGAUCUUGGGACUGGAAACAACAACAAAAUCAACUGGGCCCUGAAGGACAAGCAGGAGUUCAUCGACAUUGUGGAGACUGUCUACAGGGGUGCUCGGAAGGGGCGGGGUCUGGUGAUCGCUCCAAAGGAUUACUCCACGAAAUACCGUUAUUGAGGCAUUUGUGUUUUGCCUGUUGCAGUUUCUAGCCUACUCUGUUAGGUAAAAUGCUGCUAGCAAUCAGGUAAGUGACACCAAAGGCAAAGCACUGCGGUCUGUGGACUUGCAAAAUGUUGGUUAGCUAUGUAUUGGCAUCUCACAAGCUUGUAAUGCUUGACAUGAUUGUUGAAAUAUUCAUCUAUCAAUUGAAACGGCUGAAUGAUGUAAACUGUUUUUCCGGUUUGAUGCAUCUGGAUGUUGCUGGUGCAUGUUGCCUUUGCCGUGAUUCUACACUCCUAAACUUUCUAGUGGUAGAAACUUUGUUGGUGUUCUAGUGUACGUUGAUAUAUCUUUGGAAACUUGGUUUACAACUUUAUUCAAUAAUUAAUAUUACCAUCUUUGUUUUA